AUGACUUCCAGCUGCCGCCAAACGCCAGUGCGCGCUCAGAGCGUUCACCCCUCCUCCCCAUCCGCUCGCUAUCAGAGCUGUCAAUCAAAUUCACUCACUCCCGCCCCUUCGCAUCCACUUAUCGCGCGCGCACAAACGGGCACGCGCAUGUCCAUCAUCGAUCACACAGGACCCCUGUGUGCGGUCACACCAGCCGCCUGUAGAACCUCUGCGCCCGGGCACAGGCUCAAAGAACUGCCGCUGCUUUCGGCUGCCUGGAAUGACAUUGAGGCGAAACCGCGGCUUUCCGCGACCUUCAUUCGGACUCGCACAGACUGUGGGGCAGACGUGUGGCUGAACAGCAGCAGCAGCAGCGUCUGA